AAUGCAUAUUUUUUCAUCAAUAUUCUUUACAAUAAUCAUAUUUUUGUAUCAUUCUAAGUAAAUAUAAAGAAAAACAAUUAAUUGCAUUAAUCUUAAAAACUUGUAUAGUUUAUAGCAACGCGUAUUCGAUAUUCUGACAUAUGUUAUUUCGAAAUUCGAAUAGUAAGCACUGAAUUAUGUUAGAAUUUUCAAAUGUGUUUACUUACAGUUUGCAAGUUUCAUAAAAUUAUACUAAAUUUUAAACAUCUUUUUUUUAAUCAAUCGCCAUUUUAUUAACAAUUGAAUUACAUUGUUUAUUAAAGUAGAAAAUAUUCACAUUUGUAAAAUUUAAAGAAACAAUGCAAACAUCUUUAAAUUGUCUCGUCAAUUAUUAAUAAUGCAACUAAGUCAUCAUGUAUUAUAAUUUUAAAUUUAUUCUUGGUAUUACAAGAUACUUGAGUAAUUGAGUAAAUAAAAAAAAAAGAUUAAUAAACAGAGUCUUCUUCCCACCAAUAAACUUAUUAAUAGUCGAGCUAAGUACGAUAAGAGAAAGCAAUGAUAUAUUAACAUGAGCAUACGUUAUUGAUAGACAGUCCUUCACUGAAAUACGUUACAGAAUCAUAUCUUACAAGCAUUUUACAAAGAGAAAUCAUUGCAUCACCAUGUACAACGUACAAAAUAAAACUGUAAUGAUCACUGGGGCUGCUAAUGGAAUAGGCUACAAGUACGCCGAAGUAUUGCUUCGUAAUGGUGCAAAGAAGAUUGCCGUGAUUGACUUGCCAACAUCGAAUGGCCAGAAUGCGGUGGAUACUUUGGAGGACGAAUUUGGGAAGAACUGUGCCAUUUUUAUUGCCUGCGACGUGACAAAGGCUGAGGAUUUGAAGAAAGCAUUCGAGAAGAUCGUCGACGUGUUUGGGGGACUCGAUAUUCUUAUCAAUAACGCCGGUAUAAUGAAUGAUAAAAUCUGGGAGCAAGAAAUCAAUCUAAAUAUCAAGGCAGUAAUUCGCGGCUCCAUGUUGGCGUUCGACCAUAUGGGGAAGCAUAAAGGCGGUAAGGGCGGCGUAAUCGUCAACAUCUCAUCCAUAGCCGGAUUGCAGCCAAUUUUUUUUCUUCCAAUGUAUUGCGCUUCGAAGCAUGCCGUUCUGGGAUUUAGCCAGUCUUUAGCAAAAAUGUACGACAAGACAGGAGUGCGCGUCGUUAUCAUGUGCCCGGGCGCUACAACAACAACAUUGCUAGCAAAUAUUACAAAUAAGCUCUGCACAUCUGUCUACGCUGUGGUAGGCAACAGUAUUGAAGCUCGUUUGGAAGAAUGUGUGAAACAGACAAGCGAUCAUGUGGCACUUGCAAUGUUAGAUCUCAUUCAAAAAGGUGAAAACGGAGUGGCCUGGGUCAGCGAAGAUGGUCAACCGCCGUAUGCUGUGGACUUUCCUCAUUAUUCUAAGCGGUCUCUAACUGUAUAAAGUUGAUAUUUGAUAACUUAUUAUACCUUAAUUUCUUUUUUAAUCAAUUUGCACGAUGAUUAACUAAUGUUACAUAAAGUAUCUAUAAAAAAAUUACAAAACACUAUUUUAAAUAAACAGUACGUACGUUACAUUACAAUUACAAUAAUUUACAAUUAAAAUAAACUAUGCAUUGCAUUACAA